AUGCCUGCCGAGGCGCUGGAGGAGGGCUGCCAGGACAUCGCCACGCAGCUCAUCUCCAACAUGGACAUUGAUGUGAUUCUGGGUGGAGGCCGCAUGUACAUGUUUCCCAAGGGGACCCCAGACCCUGAGUACCCGGAUGAUGGCAGCCAGAACGGAACCAGGGUGGACGAGAAGAACCUGGUGCAGGAGUGGCUGGACAAGCACGAGGGUGCCCAGUACGUGUGGAACCGCACGGCGCUCCAUCAGGCGUCCCAGGACCCCUCUGUAACACACCUCAUGGGCCUCUUCGAGCCAGCAGACAUGAAAUAUGAGGCCCAACGAGACCUCGCCCUGGACCCGUCCCUGACGGAGAUGACGGAGGCGGCCCUGAGCGUGCUGAGCAGGAACCCCAGUGGCUUCUACCUCUUCGUGGAGGGGGGCCGCAUCGACCACGGUCACCAUGCGGGCGGAGCUUACCUGGCGCUGACUGAGGCCAUCAUGUUUGAUGACGCCAUUGAGAAAGCCAGCCAGCUCACGAGCGAGACGGACACACUGACCCUUGUCACCGCUGACCACUCGCACGUCUUCUCCUUUGGUGGCUACACCCUGCGUGGGAGCCCCAUUUUAGGGCUGGCCCCCAGCAAGGCCUCCGACGGCAAGGCCUACACCUCUAUCCUUUAUGGCAAUGGCCCAGGCUUCGCGCUCAGCGGGGGCUCCCGGCCGGAUGUCAACGAGAGCGAGAGCAUGAGCGCCACGUACAGGCAGCAGGCAGCUGUGCCCCUGUCGUCGGAGACCCACGGCGGCGAGGACGUGGCGGUGUUCGCGCGCGGCCCGCAGGCGCACCUGGUGCACGGCGUGCAGGAGCAGACCUUCGUGGCGCACGUCAUGGCCUUCGCCGCCUGCCUGGAGCCCUACACGGCCUGCGACCUGUCGCCCCCCGCCACCCCCACCGAAAGCGCGAAUCCAGGCUCACCCAGAGCGCGAAUCGCGGGCCACCGAGGCCGGGCAUGGUGCCGGCGCUGCCGCUGCUGGUGUCCGCCACCCACUGACCGUCCCCCCCACCCUGUCGCUGGGACUCUUGAUCCCCCAGCCCGCGCCCCCGAGCCUCCAGCCCCAGGACCCGCCCAGAGCUUCCACCCCGGAGCCCCACCGCCUGACCUUACCCUGCUGACAAGAAACCCGCCUCAACCGGCGCAGCCCUGGAGGCUGAGGCGGCGGCUUUCUUCCGGUGGCCGGGGUCCUCCCUGCUGUCCUCCACUCCCUGGCCCCAACCUCGGCGGCCAGGAAAAGCUUACGUUGCUCUUUGGGAUCUGA